AUGGGGAGAAAAAGGAAGAGCAGAUCGGCCGUCAAAAGCGACGCUGCGGCGUCGCCGGAGGACAGCCGGCGCACCAGAAAGCGGACCUCGUCGGAGUCAGGCGGAGAUUUCGUGGAGGACGACGUCGCUGAGGAAGUCUGCGGCGGCGGCGACGUCGAGAGUGGUUCCGCAUCUGGUGGCGAGCUGGUGGGCGAGGCGGCGGAGGAGUUGCGGAUUCCGGUUCGGAGGGUUGCCCGGAACGAAGAUGCGGAGGGAGAUGUCCGGUUUUUGGGCGAACCCGUUGCUGAAGAGGAGGCCAGGGCUCGGUGGCCCAACCGGUACCAGGCAAGGCAAGCGCUGGAUGAUAAUGUUUUGCAGGCUCGGUGUCAUUAUACUCAAGCAGAGUUGUGCUUUUUGGUGAAGACAUUGGAGAAGGUCAGUAAUCAAGAUUUUUCGAGUAUGGCCCUUUUGAGCCGAACCCCAAAUUCUUCUUCAUCCCCACAUUUCCAAUCCACAAAGCGAACCAAGUUGUUUGUUAACUCUAAGCCAGUUAUCACCACCACCGUCAGCUGCGCGUCGAAAUCGCCGUUCACGGAGAAGCACUCGGCGGCAAGGUACCACAGGGACAGAUGGGUGUACAACGGCCGUAAUCCGCCGCCGCCGCCGCCGCCGUCUUCCUGCCCGCUCCCUUCCGAUCGGGAAUCGGUCAGGGAUUACGACAUAGCUCUGCAGCUGCCCGAACUGAAGAGAUUGCUCGAGGUUUUGAGGGGAAAGAGGGGGGACGAAGGAGGAGGUGGGAGGGGGCCCGGGAACGUGUUCUUGGUGGGGACCGGGCCAGGGGACCCGGAAUUGCUGACGCUCAAGGCGUUGAGAGUGAUCGAAAAUGCCGAUCUUUUGCUGUAUGAUAGGCUGGUGUCUAACGAUGUGCUGGAUUUGGUGGGGCCCAAUGCUCGGCUUCUGUUGGUAUUGCUGAAGAUACCAGCAGUUCUGUAA